AUCAACAACACCAUUAGUCAUAGACUAUGACUCAAUAUUUCACUGAUGCAAAUGGAUGGGUGGUACACGUGGAGAGCAAAUAUUGGAUGAAUAAGGAUUGAGUAUACAAAACUCUUUGGCUGUUCUCAUAUCCAAACUGUGUGGUGCAUAAAAAUGAAAACUUUUCAUUACCCUCAACUUUAAAACACAAAAAAAAAAAAAAGAACACGAGAUCCAAGUUUUACAGCCAAACAAAAGCAUUUCCCUUCAUCCUCAAGCAGGUGUUUUUAGCUGCAAACAUGGCUUCUACUCUGCUUCCUCACUCCAGGCUUUUACUCAAAGGAUCAUCCAAGCUUCUUCCAUCCUCAACAAUGGCAGCUCCCAGGUUGCCCACGUUGCAAAAGAUGAAGAUGGGAAGGAUAAAAUGUAAGGUGGAAGAGAAGCCAGAAGGGAAGAAGUCAGAAGAAAGCAUGGUUCCGGGGACAGUGGCCGCAGUGGCGAUGGCUGCAUUGGCGGCAGCAGGACCUGCGGUGGCGCUGGUGGAUGAGAGGAUGAGCACAGAAGGGACAGGGCUGCCUUUUGGUUUGAGCAACAACCUUCUUGGGUGGAUUUUGGCUGGGAUGUUUGGUUUAAUUUGGGCUCUAUAUUUUGUCUAUGCUUCAUCCUUGGAUGAGGAUGAAGAUUCUGGUUUGUCUCUUUGAAUCAAUCACCCAAAUUUCUUAAAAUGGAAGUAAUGGUUGUAUUCAUUUUUUCACCGUUCACCCAAUUGCUCAGUUCAACCAUAACUUUUCAUGUAUUAAUUCCAAGUAUACAUAUCUACAUUUUCUGCUCAA